AUGGAGAGGGGUUAUAUAGGUGAAUUUGGAAGAGAUAGCUGUGUUGUCAGUUGUGUGUAUGGUGGGACAGUAGGACCUGGUAGUUGGACAGUAGGACCUGGCGGAUAUAGCCGGUCAAAUAUUAUGGGAACAAAAGGAGGAGGACAUCUGCAACCUGAAUUGGGAAGGCAGCCAGAACUGUUGGAAAUCCAACCAGAACGGUUGGGAAGGCAACCAGAAUUGUCUUGGCCCACGGAAAACCCUACGGUGGUCUUGGCCACUAUUGCAGCACUGAUAGCCCUCGCCGAGGUGAAGUUUCAAAAUACAAGUGAUAAUCCAUUUCGUUCCCGCCCUGCCACCAUGACCUUUUCAGUCAUAGCGCUCUCCAUCUAUGGCUUCGCAGCAGCUCGGACUAGACCAAUCAUAUUGGACGGGAAACAACAACAAAUUCUCAUGUGGCGUAUUCUCUACUACUGCUAUCGACUCCUCAACAGUCUCGCUCCGAUUUCAGGAGUUGUUUGCCUAGCCUGCAUUGUGUCCUUCUUCAUUCCAUACGGACUCGGAUGGAUUGUCUAUGUCGCAUGUGCUAGUACUUUAUGUGUUGGAGUGGCGGUGUGGGACAUCUUAUGCGUUUUCCGAGGAAACAAUUUUGCACCAUCAUGUGUUGUGCCUUGUGUGGGUCCGACAGGGAGUAGUGGUGGGAGCGAGAAGAAUGACGGGGUUUCAGAUUGUGGUAACGAUGGUAGGAAUCGGAUUGCAGUGCCGAAUGGGUCUCCGGUUUGCGGUUCUUCUUUCGUUUCGGAAAAUCAGAGCAGUUCCCAGCAAGGUGGCACCAGCAGCAGUGAUACUGGAAGCCAUUCAAGUCAUUGCAAAGCAGAACAAUCCCAGUCGAAACAUACAGGCGAGCACGGUGUUCCCUCUCACCAAACGGAUCACUCCACCCAAGCCACCGGUAAAACAGCGAACACUGGCAACGCAGUUUCGCCCCAUAUCAUCCGGUCCAGCCCAAAUAAAGGAACCAUGUCAAAGGCACCCCAGAUCCAGAUGAGAAGCCUAUUCAAUCCCCAAACCCAUUGAAGGCAGCCGGAGAAUUCAACCCUCCUUUUUAAGACGAAGCUAAGACUUUGGAUGCAAUGCCUCAAAAUAACAAGCCUUAAAAACAAAAGGGCAUUUGCACUAACCAAUCCCACAUCCUAUCCUCUCCAUUCCACUCGCGAAAUGGAGUUCU